CUUUUUGCUCCCUUUAAUCUUUAUAAAAGCCUAUAGAUACAGACACAUACAUAUAUGUGCGUAUGCAUAUAUAUAGGUGGUUGCCAUGCUUACCCAACCAUCUGUCCUCAACUUUCAAUAACAUUUACUCUCUCAGACGGUAGACAAAGACAGAGAGAUAGACAAAAGAAACAGAGUAUAUGCUCUGUUUUGUUCAUUGAUAAAAAAAAUAGUGUUUGAAAGAACAAGAAGUGGAGAAAGAAAUGGGGAGACAACCAUGCUGUGACAAAGUAGGAUUGAAGAAAGGACCAUGGAGUGCAGAUGAAGACAGGAAGCUCAUGAACUUCAUCCUCACCCAUGGACAAUGUUGUUGGAGAGCUGUUCCUAAGCUUGCCGGUCUUCUCAGGUGUGGCAAGAGUUGUAGACUUCGUUGGACAAAUUAUCUUCGACCAGACCUUAAGAGAGGUCUUCUCUCGGAUCACGAGGAGAAGAUGGUCAUUGACCUCCAUUCCCAGCUCGGCAACAGGUGGUCAAAGAUAGCUUCUCAUUUACCAGGAAGAACAGACAAUGAAAUCAAGAACCACUGGAACACUCACAUCAAGAAGAAGUUAAGGAAAAUGGGGAUCGAUCCUCUCACACAUAAACCACUCUCUAUAGUUGAACAAGAAGAAGAAAAACCUUUAAAGAAGCUGCAGAAACCAAUGGAGCAGACUGCGGAGGAACCAACUAAUGAUUGUCUUACCAAAGACAGCAACAGCAAGAACAUGUUUAUGGCAAUGAAUCUUGAGUAUGGCGUGGAAGAAGUCCCUACGAUUGAUCCGGAGUGUUUAGAGCUUAUCUGUAACAACUCACCCACGUCUUCCAGUUCAUCUAAUGAAUCAAGCAUCUUGAAGGAUUUUCAGUUCCCGGAUUUCGAUUGGUCGGACUAUGGUAUUGAUAAUAAUAAUCAUCAUAAUAAUAAUGGUGUGGACAACAUAAUGGAGAACAAUGUGAUGAGCCUGUGGGAUGUUGAUGACUUUAGCAGUUGGGAUCUCUGUAAUAUUAUUUGAGAAAUCAGUUUACCAUGUGUCGCUCUCACGUUAAUUUUUACGAUGGUUGAUUACA